AUGGCUUUUGUGCAGAUCCUGUGGUCAUGUACUAAUCAUCUUAAGCAUCAAGGUUGUAUUAGAUUUGGAUACCCACAUGACAGGAUCAGUAGGAGAAGGUGUUUGGUUAGAGUUGAAGGUGGGAAUGGGAUGGUUCUACAAAAUUUUGAGCAUGGAAAGAGGAAGCUGAGAGUGUUAGUUGCUGGUGGAGGCAUUGGUGGCCUUGUUUUGGCUUUGGCUGCAAAGAAUAGAGGGUAUGAAGUGAAGGUAUUUGAGAAGGAUUUGAGUGCAGUUAGAGGAGAAGGUAGGCAUCGCGGCCCAAUUCAACUUUUGAGCAGUGCUCUUGCUGUGUUGGAAGCCAUUGACCAGAAUGUUGCAAGGCAAAUAAUUGAGGCUGGUUGUGUCACUGGCAAUAGGACUAAUGGCUUUGCUGAUGGUUUAUCUGGGGAGUGGUUCACUGAGUUUGAUCUUUUGACUCCUGCUUCAAGGAAGGGGCUUCCUGUUACUCUAGUCAUAUGUAGAAUGACACUUCAAGCCAUAUUAGUGAAUGCAGUUGGUUCCAACAUACUUAGAAACAAAUCUAAAGUUGUGGAUUUUAUUCAAGAACCUAACAAGGUUAGAGUGAUCCUUGAAAAUGGAGAGCAUCAUGAUGGAGAUAUUUUAAUAGGGGCAGAUGGAAUAUGGUCAGAAGUUCGUUCCAAACUCUUUGGGUGGCAAGAAGCAAAGUACUCCGGUUUUACAUGCUAUAGUGGAUUAACAAACUAUAUGCCUCCAUACAUUGAUACUAUUGGGUAUCGUGUGUUCCUGGGGUUGAACCAGUACUUUGUUGCUUCAGAUGUUGGCCAUGGGAAGAUGCAAUGGUAUGCUUUCCAUGGAGAACCCCCUUCAAGUGCUUCUUUCCCAGAAGGUAAGAAAAAGAGGCUUUUGGAUCUCUUUGGUAAUUGGUGCAAUGAAGUGGUCACACUCAUAUCAGAAACACCAGAGCACAUGAUUCUGCAGAGAGAUAUAUAUGAUAGAGACAUGAUCAACACUUGGGGAGUUGGGAGAGUGACUUUGUUAGGCGAUGCAGCACAUCCAAUGCAACCAAAUCUUGGUCAGGGUGGAUGUAUGGCAAUAGAGGAUUGUUACCAACUGAUACUUGAGCUUGACAAGGUUGCGGAACAUGGCUCUGAGGAAUCUGAAGUUAUCUCAGCCCUUAAAAGAUAUGAGAAGAAAAGAAUCCCUCGAGUUAGAGUGGUACACACAGCUAGCCGUAUGGCAUCAAAAAUGCUAGUGAACUACCAACCUUAUAUUGAAUUCAAAAUUUGGCCCCUAUCAAAUCUAACAAAGAUGCAGAUAAAGCACCCUGGCAUUGAUGUAGCUCGGGCCCUUUUGAAGUUCACUUUUCCACAAUUUAUUACUUGGAUGAUUUCAGGCCAUGGGUUGCUGUGAACAUAUAUGCAUGUAACACCUUG